AUUAAGAUGAGAGGUCACAAUAUAUUCUGGGGAGAGCCAUACAUUCCUUCUUGGCAACACUCGAUGUCAGCCAACCAACUUCGAUCAGAAAUAACCGAUCAUAUACACGGUAUGACUAGUCACUUCAAGGGCAAAUUCAAACAUUGGGAUGUAAAUAAUGAGAAUCUCCAUUUACAUUAUUACGAAGACAAACUGAAUGAUGAAUAUAUAACAUUUUACAUGUUUCGAGAAACUCACAAAUCUGAUCCUAGUUCCAAAAAUUUCCUGAAUGAAUACAAUGUGGUAGCAGAUGGAAAAUCAACCUUAGCAUUAGUAGACCAGGCCUACUGGUUUCAUGCUGCGGGUGUUCCACUACAUGGUUUAGGAGUACAGAGUCAUUUCAGUGCUUACGUUGAUGUAUCCAUUGUUAAGAGGCGUCUUGAUGAAGUCGCAGCUGCAGGAUUAGAUAUCUGGGUGACAGAACUGGAUAUAUCUGAACCAGAUGAACAUAAGAAGGCUAAGAAAUAUGAGGAUUUGAUGAGACUGUUCUUUAGCCAUCCAGCUGUCAAAGGCGUUCUGUUUUGGGGAUUCUGGGAUGGUCGUCAUUGGAGACCACAAGCCGCUUUAGCCAAUGGAAACAACGUUACUCCCAAUGCAGCUGGUAGAAAAGUUCGUGAGUUGUUGAAGCAUACCUGGAGAACCAAUGAAACUCACAAUAUAAAACAUGGACAGAACGUUCAAAUACGAGGAUUCAAAGGCUAUUACAAACUAUUGGUUCACCAUAAUGGUAAAGUUAUUCAUACCCAGAACUUCUACCUUGGAGCAAGCAGCCAAAAUCUGAAGAUCAAUCUUAGUGGUUCAGGUAAGAAAACAGAAUCGAAAAUGCUGUUAUUUCAUUAUGCAUUAGUUUUAUAUUGCCCUUAUCGAAGAAACGUGCACCUUUAG